AUGCCAGAAGUUCCGCGGAAAACAAUGAGUUUUGAGGAAGAGGACUUUUACGUGAGUUGAAAAUUGUCGAAAUUUCUCAAAUUUACGAAGAUUUCAGAGUGAAAGCACUGAAGAAUUGUUUGAAAUCGAUGAAGAAGAACCGGAUUUGUUGGAUUCGCUGUUGGACAAGGCUUUCGAUGGGAAAAAUGAUGAGGAUUCGGCAAUUGACACAAUGAAAGAAGAGGAAUUGAUGUCUGGUGAUGAAGAUCAAGAAAAUCUGGAAAUUUCAGCAGAAGACGAGGAAAACUGGUUUAAUUCAAAAAUGUUCAUUCGUACACAAUAA